AUGUGCAGAAAAAAGAAGGAGGUUCUUGAGGGAGAUGGAGGUGUAGUGGAGAAAGGACCUAUUUCUUUGGAGGAAAAGGGAAAUGCUCAUGAGGAAGGAGCUAUUACUAGAGAUAAGGAAAACGAUUUUGUCCAAGUGGUGCAUAAGCAUAAGGGGAAAAAAGAUUUUAGGCAGAAAUCUGUUGGCAAUGAGAGGGGAGUUGGGAAUAAAUUUAGUGUUUUGGCUGUGAAUGAUGAAAAUGUUUUGGAAAGAGGGGAUGGUUCUCAUGAGGCUCCUUUAUCUGUUGAAGAGGUAGGGAUCAAUAAUUCUCAAAAUGAGGAUCCUAUGCUAAAAAGAGGCAACAUGUGGAAUUGUAGGGGUGGAGGGCGCAAAAAAGUUUAUACAGACGAGGAUGACGACUAUCUUACUAAUGGAACUCUUGAUACCCCUAUUGAUUGGGUCACGGGUUUGUCCAAUAUACGCCAGAGGGACCUUCCAAGCUUUAUCCAAACAACCAAUCCCAAUGACAUCAUGUUCCAUUUUAUGAGACUAGAAACAGAGGAUUGUCUAAAAGCUCCUGCCAUAAUUUUCAACAACUUUGAGGAACUUGAGCGUGAAGCCUUACAAGCUGUCGUUUCUAAAUUCAAUUUUCCAAACAUUUAUCCAAUUGGGCCUCUUUCCUUGCUAGAACAAAAGUAUGUCCCUAAAAGCCUAUCCGAGUCGCUCAAUUCAAGUUUUUGGAAGCAGGACUCAAAAGUUUUCGACUGGCUAGAGAGCAGAGAACCUGAAUCUGUUUUGUACGUGAACUAUGGAUGCGUGGCAGUGAUGUCAACCCAGCAUUUUCGAGAAUUGGCAUGGGGGCUUGCAGAUAGUAAGCAGUCAUUUUUAUGGGUUAUUAGACCUGAUGUCGUGAAAGAUGGAGAGGCAGUGUUGUCUGAAGAAUUUAUGGAGGAGAUCAAGGAUAGAGGAUUGCUUGUGAGCUGGUGUGCACAGGAGAAGGUUCUAGGCCUUCCUGCUGUUGGUGCAUUUUUGACACAUUGUGGUUGGAACUCUAUGACUGAAACUGUGGUUGGUGGUGUGCCUGUGAUCUGUUGGCCUUUCUUUGCUGAUCAACAAACGAAUAGCCGCAUUGCCUGCACUAAAUUGGCGAUGGGGAUGGAAAUCAAUCCCGAUGUGAAGCGCGACGAAGUUUCAUCGCUGGUUAGGGAAAUGAUGAGAGGGGAGGAAGGUAAGCAAAUGAGGAUAAAUGCUAAAGAGUGGAAACGCAAGGCAGAAAUAGCUACUGAUGUUGGGGGGUCAGCUUAUACCAACUUUGAUAAGCUCAUCAAGGAGGUUCUUCUUAGUGAAAAUUGAGCUAUUAAUAAAGGCCAAUCGAGA